AGAUUGUUAAUACCAUAUACUUAUAGAACCAUUCCUGCAAAGAUAUUAAAUGAAAAUGGUAUUAGGCAAGUUUACACGGUUAUGGUGUUUAGCGUGGUUCUGAGCUCAUUCAUUACAUUUCAGCUGCUCUCUUGUUUAAAAGUUGAACCUGUAGUUUUGUGGGUACUGAUAAGGUUGAGUUACAUUAAUCCCUCUGCCGGAAAAGUUAAUGUGCCAUCUUGUGCUCAACUUUUAAGUUGUAUCUCUGUUUGUCAAUUGCAACUGGUAACUAAAUAAAACUUCACGUCAUGAAUUCUUACUUAUAAAGCCUUUUUAAGAAGUAUAUCUAACAGAAUUGUUAUUUGGAAUUAGGUUCCGAAUUUCUAUACAUUUUGGAACAUAAAUAAUAUGACCUUUACUAAAUGAUGUAGUGCAACUUGAAUGGUGAUUGUUCAUAGAUCAAAAUGGAGAUGUUUUAGUUUUUUUCCCUAAAGUGCCAAUGUAAGAUUGUAGGUUUUACAAUGCAGGAAUUUCUAGUCUAAAGUGUUUGAGCUGUCAUCAGAAGAGGAACCCCUAAAUUUUCUGAAAGUUCAAGCUUUUUCAAGGAAGAAAACAAGAAAUGGAUCAAGCUCUGGAUUCAUAUAGGGGGCAAAUUGAAGCUCUAAUGCGUGCAAUGUCCGUAGCAAAAAUCAUAAGAGACGAUAAGGAUCCUUGUAUGAUUGAAGAGGGUCUCUAUUUAGGGUCCUUUGGAGCUGCCAACAAUAAAGAUGCACUCAAAAGCUUGAAUAUAACUCAUAUUUUGACGAUUGCCAGAGAUUUAAAUCCGUCUUAUCCAAAUGAGUUUGUGUACAAAGUCCUUACUGUUCACGACAGAGUUGAUGUAAAUAUUUCACAUUACGUUGAGGAAUGCUUCGAUUUCAUAGAAAAAGCAAAAGGAAAAAUUGAAGAAGCAAAAGGACAGGGUGGCGGUGUGUUGGUGCAUUGCUUUGCAGGCAAAUCCAGAAGUGCAACCAUAGUCAUCGCUUAUCUGAUGAAAAAGCAUGGUAUGAGCCUGUCUGAAGCUUUUCAGCUUGUUAAGAGUAAAAGACCAGUUAUUUCUCCCAAUGCUGGUUUUAUGAUUCAGCUGCAAAAUUAUGAUAAAACCCUUAAAGAUCUGAGGACUCCAAAUGUACAUGAGGAAACUCAGUCAUUACUCUCCUAGUCUGAUGCAGUUUGAUCCACUCUGUAGCCGCCAUUAAAGUUACGCUAUGAUGAAAAGUACACAGCGCGAUAUCUUGUUAAUUGAAUUUAACAGUAAGAAUUGUUUGAUAAACAGUGAAAAUGAAUUGACAAUUCGAUUGAGAAAGCUACUCUAUCUAGGCAGACUGUUUGAAGAUAUUCUUUCACCAUGGAGAAUUUUAAAUUUUUCUUAUGUUAGUAUAUGUUUCUUUCAUAUUCUCUA